CCAGUUUCGAAGUUGUAACUUAGAUGUGAAACUAACUUCGGUAAAAAAAAUAGUUAUAGGUAAACAUUUUUGAAAAGUAUGGCCAGCAUGGCAGGGGAUAUAUCAGGGGUCAGAAUUAUUCCACCAGUGAUAGAAUUUAUGGACGCAGAGGCCAACGCAGUGCACGUCCGAAGUGUCACAGUGCAAAACAUCAGCAAGUGCAGCAAGCAGAUUAAAUUUCAUGGACCAAAUACAAACAAAUUCAAGUUGAUUGUGAAGAAUCCAGACAAGCCAGUUGCCCCUGGCCUGGAGGUGACCGCGACUAUUGAGUUCUUCACAGAAGAGCCUCAAGAUUGUCAAGAUGGUCUAAUCCUUCUCGUUGAUGAAGAUGUCGUGGAGAUUCCUCUCUGUGUUUACAGUCCCCAGCCUCUCUUGGACUUGGAAGGGCCAGCCAACUUUGGCACUGUAGUACGCAACAGUAAGCUGCUAUCCACGCAGGUAUCUCUGUACAAUCACGGCUCCUUGCCAGGAAACUUCAAGAUUAACUACACGGGCUUGCAGCCAAUUACCAUAUUCCCUUCCACGGGAACCCUGCAGCCAAAGACAGCGCAAGUUAUUAAGGUGGAAUUUGUUACCAAAAAUGCUGGAGUUUUGAAUGAAGAAGUGCCAGUUCAAUUGGAAGCCCAGCAGCCAGCUAUCCUUCACAUCAAAGCCAACGUCGUGGAGCGAUGCCUGGAGCUGUACGCCCCGGACUCAGAUGAGCAGAUAGACUGCAUCAAGUUUGGCAACACCUACUACGGUACCGACAAGACCCAGAUGGCCAUGCUGUAUAAUAACGGGCCGGACCCUAUCAGCUUUGUGACAGUCCUGGAAGAGAAAGCAGAGGGAAUGGAAGCUGGUACGGAUUUGACAAAGUCAACAGUUGCGACGCUUGCCACGAAGGAUGUGGAGAAAGUCCGCUCCAGCACCAACGAGCUGACCUCCCUAGUCACUGCCAUCCCCUCCCAGGGCAAGCUGGCUCCUUACCAGCGCGCUCCUGUCUUUUUCCGUUUCUGCCCUCGCUACAGUACUGCCCGGCAGGGCUGGAAGAGCACCGCCUCCCCACCGCCCCGCCAGGACUUUGCCCUCUUCAUGCAAAUUGUGGUGAUUGGGAGCAGCAAAGGGUUUGGGGCGGACACUGAUGCUGGAAAACAGAACGGAAAUGAAGGCACCAAAGUAGAGGUGGCUCUCACCGGCACAGCUCUUCCAGUACUUCUCAGUCUCUCCCCAACCAACCAUUUUGACUUUGGUGAUUGCCCCGUUGGUGAGCAUGUAGACACCCUCUGCACCCUCCGUAAUGACUCCGCCCACCUCCCCGCCUCCUUUGUCUGUCGCCAAGUGGCUCAGUUCUGCGUCUACCCAUACUUUGGCAAGCUCAAACCCGGCGAGUCCCAGGAUCUGAUCUUCUCCUUCAAGCCCAAUCAGUACGGAACCUUCAAACUGACCCAGGUGAUGGACGUCCUAGGAUCCGUGGCCGAUGAAGGAGAGGAGGCCAAUCAACUGGCCACUCAUUUAGAGGCCAUUUAUGGCCUGCAGAUAUUCCUUCAAGGUGUCUCCAAUGCCGAGUCCAAGAAGAGAGAGCCUAAAUUCAACCCAGGCAUCACAGCCCUUGUUGUCGGUGAGGUUGGUCAAUUCAUUGAUGUCACCAUGGACGAAGCUAAGCCCUACGACCCCCGGGCAGCCAUGAUAGGAGCCCCUAAGACCAAGGGUCUCCAUGCCACCAAGUCAGCUGGCCACAUCCCAGACUCUACAGCCCUAGUGGCUUACCCUAAUGACCGGGCUCGUAGCAUCAGGCCCAGCUACAGACGGGACCAGUACAAGACUAUAUUUACCAAGACGGAACGUCACACAUACAUCGACCCAGACUAUGCCUAUGAUGAUGUUGAACUGGCUGCUGUUCAGAAGCACAAGAAUAUCUACAAUAGCUACCUGAAAGAGAGCAGAGAACGUAGGAUUGGAAAGACAAAAGCCAGGGAGUUUCUUGAGCUGGACAACGACAAAGAUAUUGGCCUGAAACCGGCGUCUGGGCUGAAACUGUCCAAGUUGAAACUAGAAGAGAUAAAACCACCUGUUAAGACACCAAGUCCACGAGACAAAUCUCGUCGCAUGCUGAGCUCCAAGCAACUUGCUGAGAAGGAGCUGAGCUCCACAUCUCGUCCCUUCAGCCGUGGACUGAAUGCUGUGCCCAUGACCCCCCAGGAGAAGGCUGAUUGUAAGAAGAUCUUAACCCCACAACAGCUGCAUCAAGUGGUCAUUGGUCCACCAACCAUAGACUUUGGCCAGGUGUGCCUCAAGUCAACAAGCGUACAGAAGCUCAACAUCAUCAACAAUCUAGAUCAGUUCAUCCACGUUGAAGUUGAUAUUGAUUGUCGUGAGUUGCGACAGACCAGUCCCCUGUCUCAAGUUGUCCCUCCCAACUGCAAGGCAGCGCUUCCACUCAUCUUUGAGUCCAACACCAAGGGACGUUUCCAGAGGAAUGUGACUUACACAGUCAACAAAGCCAACAAGGAACAUGUAAUAGUUUAUGCUGAUGUCGUAGCAGUGGCAUUGGAGUUGUCUACAGAGAGGCUAGAACUCAGGCCUACACCAGGAAUGCCAGCAGAAGCAGGCUUGAGGGACAUCAUCACGCUGCGGAAUUCCCGUAACUAUCCAGCAGAGUUCACAUGGCAACCCAUCCUGGGCGAGAGGGGCACAGCGUUCUCCAUCAGACCCGCCUCUGGCACUGUGGACCCUCAGAAGGACUUGGAGUGUGAAGUGGUAUUCCAUCCGUCCUACCACGCUCCAGAGGACGGAGAGUUUGCUCUGAAAGUCCAUGGCGGAGACACGCUUAAACUCAAAUGCUUUGCUGAUCUUGGUCCCACUCAGGUGAUGUUCAUGGAGAGACGUGUACUGUUUGGUCAGGUCCCUCUUCAUCUGACCACCUCUAGGUCAGCUGUACUGCAGAAUGCCAGCCAGAACCAUGCUUACUUCCAGGUAGUGGAUCCCAGCCCAGUGCCCGGCUUGACAGUCUCUCCAGUCCAGGGCGUGGUCCCGGUGGGUGGCACUACUGAGCUGGGUAUCUACCUUACCCCGGGAGCCGUCAUGAAGUUUGACACCCGGCUUGAGGUGGCUAUCAGAGGCUGGAAGACAAUCGAGCUAAGGAUGGGAGGCACUGUGGAACCUCCCAUGGUAGACAUUGAUGUGCCGACAUUCCAACUUGGUGGCGUCUACUGUGCAUCCAGUCUGACAGUGCCCUUCAAACUCAUCAACAAAGCCAGGACUAGAGCCAAGGUGGUCUUUGAUCUCUCACGUUACCGAGACUUCUCUCUGAAGUUUGACGCUGACGUCAUGGAAGAAUCGGAGGAUACUAUGAACCCAGGUGUUUACAAGGUGACUGUGGGCGGCAUGCAGACUAUCCAGUGUCAACUAAACUUCCAACCCACUGAGGUCGCAUCUUACGACUUCACCAUGCCAGUCUCCAUCAACCAGACCGAUGCCCCCACUCCAGAAUCCACACCCUUCCCGCCCACUCCUGCCCCCUCCACCAAGAGCAUUAACCACAUCAUCACCCCACGGCCCGUUGUGGUCACUGUGGCAACCCCGCGUCGUCGCAUCGUCGCCACGGCACUGCGUCAACCCCUGCAGCUGUCGCAUGCCAACUUGGAUUUCUCCCUGCCGUCCGGGUACCUGGACUUUGGAGUCGCCGGCUCCCCGUCUCAGACACAGGGGACAUUGCUGGUUAACAACAGCUACAAAAACUUGAAGUGGAGUCUGGACUUGAGGAGCUGCGGUAAAGCCAUGGAAGAAGGCAUCUUCAGAUUCCUGAUGCCUAACGGCAUGCCAUUCCUGUCCCUUAAAGAAGGCGGAGGAAGUGUCAAAGACACCUUAGCACCAGGGGAAACUUACCCCCUUGGUGUCAUGUUCUGUCCAGACGAGCCUGGAGAAUUUCAUGCCAAAGUUCCCAUCAUCCUCAACGAAGAUGAAUCCCGACCCUACCUCCACAUCAACCUCUAUGGCGUCCUCAAGUCACCGCAGUUGACCUUUGACCCCUUAGCUAUUGUCCUGACCCCAGUUCCCUUGGCCACGAAGGUGUCGGCUGACUUCACCAUCCAAGCGGCCGGCUUCAGAAAGGAGACAGUUAUUGAUGUUGAGCUGCCUGAUGUUGAACUGGACGAUGGCAGUAAGAUGUCUGUUCUAAGCGUGACUUUCCCCGAUGGCCAGAAGAUCCAACCUUGCUGUGGGGAUGAAGGAGACGAGGAACCCUUCAUCUUGAAGUGUAAAGUCACCUUCUGCUCCCCUAGACCGGUGUCCUUCACCCAGCCGGUCAAGUUUGUCGACACCCAGGGGAACAGUUUUUCCAUUCCAGUGACAGCCACAGCCGACAAUUGUCUCUUGACGGCCUAUCCCUUCGUAGCCCAGCACCGCACCGACUUCCAGAUUGUCACAGAGCAGGGUCAGACCCUGCGAGGUCGCCAUUCCACGGCAAACUCCAAAGAGAGUCUGGGGAACGUAGGGGAAGCCGUCAUGAUCCCCGUUGAGUCGCCUAGCAGACCCUCAACCCAGAGGAGCUCAGCGAGCACAAGCUCAAGGUUUGGAGCGACCACGUCAACUUACGAAGAAUCAACCGAGAGCAUCACAGAGUCCACCUAUCGCAGUACCCCCCGUGAUGGUGCCGUCAACCGUGCGGUAGCCGACCGCUCCAUCAUCGAUCCAGAGAGCCGGCUUGGUCUAGCUUCUCGAUCCUUGGGUUCGGCUGCCUUCCCUAAUGAAGACACAGAGGAAGGGGUGUUCCACCAGGAAGUCCUGAUGGCUGUACAGAGAUGGAUUACGCUGCAUGGAUGGUCCGGGGGCCCCAACCCAGUCUCUAUGCCGGAGGGACUCAGGAGUGGAGUUGCCAAGAACUCAGCCCCCGAGAAAGCCCGUGACAAAGCCUCCCAUGGAAGCCCUGCCACCAAUAACUCCAAGAGUAGUCGCUGCAAGACCAUCUAUGACCUGAUGGCUCACAUGAGUGGUCGUCUGGUGCCUGGAAUCCCCAUCAACCAAGCUCUGCCUGCAGACCCUACUGAGAGGGUCCUGCAGCUUCACUGGCAACACUCUACGCUGCUGACUUUCUUGAGGAGCCAAGGUGCAUCUAUCGCCAACAUCAAGCCAGAGUACCUGUUUGAACCCCAAGAUUACCAGCGUUGGGUCAAGCUGCAGGAGCAGAUCCGAGAGAGGAAGAAGGCUCAGCAGCAAGGCAAGAGCACUGUGGCCAUCCGCAUCCAGGAGGCACCUCUGGAUGAGAUCCUCUUUGAGUCUGUCUCCAAGAGGGCCUGGACCGAUCUGCUGCUCCAGACACUGAAGGUCCUGGUGCUUGCCCGCAUCACGCCCCGUCAGUUCAAAGCUCUCUCCUCCUCCGGUAGUUCCUCCAGUCUGCCCUCCAUCAACCCGGAUCCGCUAUGCAGCAACAUUUACAGCGUAGGAGAGCGUAUCUUACUGGCCUGGCUGAACCAUCACUAUGAACAGCAGAGACACAAGAUAUGGAAAGACUGUGACAAAGAGUCGCCAUAUUAUUUUGAAGCUCCUCGAGGUGGUAUUCCACCCUCUCGAUGGGUCGUCAACUUUGACUAUGAUCUCCUGGAUGGCUUGGUGCUAGCCGCCGUCCUGGCUGCUCACGUUCCUUUCCUGAUCAAGAGCCAUCUACAGAGCAUGUAUACCCAGCCAGCCACUGCUGAGCAGUGCCUUCAUAAUGCCCUCAAAGUGGUCAAUGCAUUCAGAUAUAUUGGCCUGGACUAUGAUAUUCAGGCUAUAGAUGUCACUGAUCCCAACCCUAUUUCCCUGCUGCUGCUGUGCGUUCAUCUGUACCAGCGCCUUCCUCAGUACACACCACGGACCACUGUUGAGUUUGUGGGAUCACUGCAUGCCUGUGUUGCACGUCAGGUGCGUCUCACCAACCCCAGCAACAAACCCUUGAUGUACCAUGCGAUGAUAGCCGGCCGCGACGCCCGUGACUUCACCUUACCCAAGGGCAAUACGGUCAACAUCGCACCCCGGGGCAAGCACGAUCUAGCCGUAGAGUUCACCAGUCGGUUCCUGCGACCCGCAGAGGGCGUGCUGGUACUCGUUGGAAGGAGGGCUGGUGCUGCUUGUGGUACUACAUUAGUAUUCAAUCUGAGGACUUCAAUUGAUAACAUUACUCCCUCUACAACAGUCAAGUGUGAGUCUCCCUGCUACGAGCUUCACAAGGUCGAGUUGGAGGUGACCAACCCAUUUAACCAGGCCGGAGAGUUCCGCAUUGUCCUCGUGGAAGCCAAGAGUCCCUUCCCUGGCUCUGAUGCUACCACCCAGAAGACAGGCCUGCUGAACCAGAAACAAGGAGGUCCCAAGAAGGUCCGCUCUAAGACAGACCACGGUCAGAAGAAGGAGCGGACCCCUAGUCCACCAAAGCAAGAUGAUCAGAGCCCUAGGACGGAAAUGUUUGAACAGGACAACGGUAACCAGCUGAGUGCCUUCCACUGCGCCCGUCAGUCUCUGCAGCUCGACAGCCAUGGCUCGGCAGUCAUCGCUGUCGACUUCCUCCCCUUCCACACUGGCAAGCGACAGUGCUCUAUCCUCUUCAUCAAUGAGUCCAUUGGGGAAUUCCUGUACUCUAUUGAAGCAGUGGCAGGAUUACCCAUGCCUUCAACGCUGCCUUACGUGCCAACAAAGCAUAGCGUCAGGAUCAGCAGUGCAGCUGCUGCAGGUAAUGGACGUGGUGUCUACGGUGGUGACGAUCGCGUCAUCUACUGGCGUUGCGACAGCAACACAGUCCUCCGUGAGGAGCUCAUCAUCCCUACCACCAACGCCGCCCGGGAGAAGGCCCUGGUGGUUGCCGCUCAACAGAGGAUGACUGAAACGGAGAUCCGACGCCGUCAGACCACGGGGACACUGGCUAGUGGUUCAGUGACAGCAGCUAUCGCUGCCCUUGGCUUGACCGAUGAGACUGUCCUCACUGGUAAAACUAGUGCCAACCCCAACACCAAAUCAGACAAACCAGAAGGCACUCGCUUCAUGGUGGAAGUUAAUUCCAAGUACUUUGAGACGCCAUCUACACUCUUUGUCCCUUCACCUUUGACCCUGAAGCCCAAGUCAGCGGCAGAGAUUGUCACCAAUGGUCACAUGGUGGACCGAUCUCCGGCCGGGCUGGUUGGAAAUACAGGUGUCAUUCUGGACGAUGGAACAGUCAGCCUACCGGUCAAAUUCACCCCUAAGAGUGCCGGUCACUACCCAUGCCGUGUUGUCCUGCGGUCACCCAAUGACAUCCGGGUGUACUUGAUAGAGUGUACGGUCAAUCCUGAAGGGACAGCGGCUCACAUUGAAUUCACUGCACCGGUUCAUCAGUCGGUCUCACAAGAAAUACCACUGGUUAAUCAGACCAGUGUUGAUUGGCCACUGUCUGCCUCCAUUGAUGGUCAAGGAUUCUACGGUCCACCCUUCAUUCUAGCCAAAGCUAUGCAGACUACGAUCUACCCGCUCAUGUUCAGACCAGCCUAUGAGACUCUUGUCUCUGGUAAAUUGGUGUUGACAAACAGCGAGGAUGGAACGGAGCACCAUUUCCGACUGAAAGGCGAGGGUCAGAAACCGUUGGCCCUGGAUCAUGUUGUCCUGGAGUGCCAGGCCCGGCAGUCGAUGAAGCGGGUGAUUCGUGUACCUAACGUCACCCAACAAAAGUUAACCUACCGCGCCGUGUCCGACCUCUCCAUCGUCACCGGUGCUGUGCCGAGCGUCACCGUCUUAUCAGGCAAAGAGGCAGAUUACACCAUAACUGUAUCACCAUGGAAGCGUGGCACAUUCAGGGGAAUCCUGUCCUUCAUUGCUGGUAGCACCGAUAAUCUCAAGGAUGAGCCAGCCAAUGGAGAUAGCGACACCCAGUCCCGCCCAGAUUCAGGCACACGACCAAUCAGCAGCAAGUCCUCAUGUAGCUCCGCCUCUGUCCAUGUCCACCAAUCCAAGCCCGGCUACCGUGUCUGGUAUUCCAUCGAGGUACGCUGCAGCCCACCUCCCCCUGAGCGCAACAUCGACAUCCUCUGUGCAGCUCAGUCGGCUGUGGUCAUGGAGGUAGAGAUCUUCAACCCGACUGUGGAUGACCUGACCUUCACGACGGUCAUCGAGGGGGAGGGUCUUAGAGGAGAAGGGGAGGUGACGCUAACCCCGGGCCAGAAGAAGAUGUACCAGUUGGUAUAUGCUCCAGCCAUCGUUGGGAAGUCCGAAGGAAGCUUAAUCUUCCAGAAUGAAACCGUUGGGGAGUUCUGGUACACCCUUAGCUUGACUGCCGAGACCCCAGCACCUACCAUUCUCCCCCACAUUGAGUGUGAGUUGGGUAAAUGGAAUUGGCAGUUCAUCUCUCUCAGCAACCCAACGGAGGAGACCUUAGAGCUGACUCCAAGCUGCUCCAAUACCAACAACUUCACCUUGGAAGUCGAAGGGGGAACUAAGAUCAUCCUGGCGCCCCACUCCAUGCUGGAGAUUCCCAUCCAAUUCAUGCCUUCCUCCCUGGGCCAAGGCAACCACCUAGCUCGGGUAGCAUUCUCUUGUGAGCAGCUAGGGGACUGGGUCUUCAUGGCCUCGGGUACGGGCUUGACCCCAACGCCCCUUGACCCAGUCAGUGUCAGCGCCAUCCUAGGGUCCAACACCUCACUGAUCAUACCCUUCAGGAACCCGCUCAACGAAUCUGUCCUGAUUGACGUAGUAUUGACUGAUAACACAGAUCUACUGGACAGGGCUCGCGGCAAGCUGGAACGCAACAAGAUCCAGACAGACUCUGCCUUCUGCUUGCUUCUGAAACACACUACAGGGAUUCCAGUGGCAUCUAAGAGCACCUUGGAUAUCCCCCUGACCUUUGCCCCCGACAGCAUGAGGCUACACGAAGCGCUGUGUGUGGUGUCUGUGAAGAGGGAGGAUGGGUCUAGUUGGGAAUAUGAGCCUUGUCGGGAUCCUGAUCAUCCUCACUCCAGGAGGGACUAUGAUCAGCGAGACAUGCAGGGCGGCUUGAGAGAUAUCCGCUGGCUCUACCCCAUCCACGGUAUUCCCGAGUCGCAGCCCGUCAUCGAUCGUGGAGCCGUCAUCAGCUGCCAGGCACGCAGUCGUAUUGAGGAGAGGUUGGAGGUGUCAUUGACUGGUGCCGUGCCCAGCUCUGCCAGCGGUGACCAACGCCGUGUGACGACUAGAGCUGUCACCCCUAAAGGACUAGAGAAAGCUCAUACAACAGAUGGUGUAGUGGUCGGGGAAGGAAACACGGUAGCCAGAGAGUUUUCCUUUGACGUUCUCUACGGUGAUGAAGAAGCUGAAGCCCAUCUAGAGAAUGCAGUCUCCCUCAACCUGGUGCGCAAACAGAGAGACAAGCUGUCUGGUAUCGUCAGACUGGUCUUCAAUGUGGUCUUUGCUCCCUUCAAAGUCAUGAACCAUGACGUACAGCUGUGCGUUACCGCGGCAACCGGCGGGGUCUGGCGAUAUCCUCUCCGCUUCACCUCCACCGAGCCCACCGUGGAUGAUGUCAUCACUAUCGAGUCGGUGGGGCUCAACAAGGAAUCAUCAGUUGGGUUCAGACUUACCAGCCAGGCAAGACACCCAGUUGCAUUCACUGCCUACUUUGUCGCUGGCAGUGACCAGGAGUUCACUGUCAGCCCACAGUCCGGGGAACUCAAGCCCCUAGGGACCAGCGGCACGCUGGUAACAGUCGGCUUCAAACCAAAGAUCUACGGCAAGAGCUACCAGGCCAAGCUAGUAGUGCAGACUGCCGACAUGCAGUGGACUUAUUCCCUAGUGGGUGUAACCCCCGAGUACGUCCCACCAACAGGCCAAUCCCAACGGCCCAUCGCUGGACCCCACACUAGUGGGACGCGACACAGCAAACCGAGGAACUACGUCCUGGAGAAUCUGAAACUGACCACGACUGCAGUGUCUUCGCCCAUCAAAGGAGCGCCCAUUAACAUGAAGUAAGCCUGGAAAAAUGUAAGAUUGGAUGGGAACUGAUUGUGUGGUGUAUAUAGAACCUUCUUUCACUGUGAAACGAUAUUGUUAUUUGUAAAUAAACUUGUGCAUAUUCUAUGAAGAUGGUAUUGGUUUAAACUGUUGUCUAUCCGGUUCGUAAGUGACUUCGUCACAAAGGCAAACGCGCCACGAUUCGCCAGCUCUCAUCAGACAAUCGCUGAAGGUGCACGUUAACUUCCAGUUCCGUGGUUCCAUGUAAACAGCGAUCAAUGCAUGUAACCCUAUAUGCAGUGCACGUGUACAUUGGGCUUGGUUUAAACUGAAGUGAUGUCACACUUCUGAACCGGAGCAAGUAAGGUGUUUCAUGCAAAUGUUGUUUUCAGCUCUUUCUCAUGUCUGUCUUUGGAAGACUUUUAGGCAAUAGGACAAGGAUAAUAUACAUAUUUAUAUCUCGAAAGGAUGCAUUUCUCUUGUCUCUCUCUGUUAUUUUGUCUUUAUUCACAAAGAAUGUAAUGAGUGGGCCACAAAAAGUUGGAGAUUAGGAAGAGAAAUUAAUUUCAAAUACAGAAUUAACCAUUGGGGAGGCGGGCAUGAGACAGUGUUUGCCUUCAAAGAUAUUGCAAUGUCCAUUUCUUUUUAAAGCUCACAUAUAGUUUUUGUUGUUUGUAUUGGUUUUUCAUGAAACUAUUUUGGUGUAACUGCCUUCUGGUUUUGAAAAUCUCCCUUGUACAUAUCAAAUGUUCCUCGAUGUAUAAUUGCACUAUACUUUGUGUUUAGGUUCUUCUGUCAAACUUGAUGCAAACUUAAAUUACCUGUCAUUUUUGUCAUUCACCAAAAAUUGAUUAACUGGCCAUUAAAAUUAAGAUUUCAAAAUCCGUCCACUAUUUGGGGGAAAAAUGAGUGCAUUGAGAAUGUUUGUUUUCAGUGAGAAAGUUUGUAUUUAUGUCUUUAUCCCUCUCUGAAUUUGUUGAUAGCGGCAAGCCUUGCAAAAUAGUUAAAAAUCUGAACACUUCUAUCCAUGGGGCACCUAGAUUGCAAUU